GAUUCCAAAUAAUUUUCGAUAAAUUAGAAGAACUUUUUAUUACUAGUAGAAAAAUUGACAAUAAAAUAUGCACUCCACAAAAUACAACUGAUUAUCUUUUUAUGGUUCUAUUACUUGAGACUGGCACGCAUUUAAUUAUAGAGAACUUUAAUUGUGGAUUUGACAAAGUUAGAAAAAUAGUGAAAGAAAGUGUGGCAUAUGGUUCACUGUUUAAUAACGAAGAGGAAAUAUUAAUCAAAA